AACACUGUCUCGGUUUCAUUUCGCCACUGAAAAUCAAAUUUAAAAAAAAGUAAAGGGUGUCAUAAAGAAUUAAUCCACUUUUAUAAUAUAUCUAGUAAUAAAUAUUAUUUUAGAGCAAUAUUAUUGGACAGAAAGUGAUUUUUUAAAAUUAAUAAUAACACUUUAUGAAACGCGUUCAUUAGUUGACUGCUUGUGGCAAACAGUAAACAAACUAUGGGGCACAUGGCGCUGACAGACGUCAAAAAAGGCAAAAGAAAGCCAAAAAACCGCUCGAAUAAAAUCCAUUUGGUCUUUGACGAAGUGAAAAGAAGAGAGUUCUUAACUGGUUUUCGCAAACGUAAACUGAUCAGGAAGAAACAGGCCCAAGAGAAGCUCGCGCAAGAACUAAAAGAGGAGCGUAAAAGACUGAAAGCGGAAGCGAAAGAGUCUUACAAAAAACUGGUGGUCUCCCACAGGGACAUACCGGAACUUGAGAACCUCCUGAGCGAAGAAUACGAAGAAGGGGACGUUACUGUAAAAGUGGUUGAACUAUCGGCGAACAAUAUCGCCAAACAAAACAACUGGAUUGGAGCGAAUCAGCUUAAAUGUGAAAAUGAAACUAGAGAGGAGAGUAGUAAUGACGAUGAAGAAGAGGAGCAAGAGGUUCCCGGGAUGGAACUGAAGGCAAAACCUUUAAAGGCGAAACCCAAAGUGCCAAAGGAAACUUUCAGUUCGGAAAGAGAUGUGAAGAAGAAGCUGAAAAAGGAGGCGACUAAAAAAGUGCAAAAAAGUAAGAUAUUUCAAAAGAAGAACAAGCUGGAAAGGCAGAAGCAGAAGAAGCAGUCGAUGCAGGCCAAGAGGUUAAAGGAGAAAGAUGGGGCGAAGUGCAGGUUCGGCAAGAAGAAAGGGAAAAAGGGGCCUAGGGAAAAGCAUUAAGUUUUUUUAAUAAAACAAUGAAGGUAUUUAAUGUAAGGUUUUUUAUUUUGCACUUAUAACAAAUAAAUUCUAAAAAAAUCA